GAAGGGGCAGGAGAAGCGCUCCAUGUCUGUCGUACCGGGCAGUCGGCCGCCCACAAGGAAAUUGGCAGAGCCUCCCUGUACAUUUGAAGAUUUUUUACUCUCUCAGAAGUUGGAUGAUUGGCCAAGAGUUCCCUACUUGCCAGAAAUGGAUGCGCGUCCUUUGGUUAACCAGCUAAGAAAUGACUAUCCCAUGGACACUGUUACUAAUUAUCUUCAUGACAAUGCUCCAUUGCCCACUGACAUAAUCUCCAACUUCGGAAAGAAACUAGAUCAGUGCAAAGUAGACGUUCAUGAGCAUGCUAAGCAUGUGUUUUCUUUAGAAUCUGGAGAAGCAAAAAUAGAUGACCAAGGGAUUUCUAUUCCAGAGCAAGAUGCUUCAACUCCUGAAUCACAUGCCAAUUUGAUAAAGAAGAAGAAAAAAAUAAAGAUUGCUGCAGAUGCUACAUCAGAUUUAAGUUUCAAAACAGUUGAGAAUUACAAGUUUCCUGGUUUCAAGUUGAGGAAACUUACAAAACUACCAAACCAUCUAGAACCUGCACAACUCUGGGAUUCUGUUCUGAAAGUCCAGAUUUUCAAGGGAGUGAAUCAAAAAGUUCUGAAGAAAUUGUUUAUCUCUGAAGCAUCUCUUGCAAUUUUACAGGAUUGCUUUUGGUGGUUAUUCCUUCAUAAAUUCAAGGUUUGA